AUGGGAAACCCGUUGACAAGUCAAGGGAUCCUAGAUCUCAUGUCGGAUCUAGAUCUCGACUGGUUAAAAAUCUACGAUGAUGCUAUGAGAGAAGGAUUGAAAACCCGUGCUGAAUUAUUGCUUGGGAUUUCUGAUUCUCUGGAUGAGACGAUGAAUUCGAAUCCUAACGAAAUGGCGAUCAUUUACCUAGCUAUGAAAGAGAGGUUAAAAUGCCGUUCUGUGGUGUUGAAAGGAGUUGCGAAAUCAUUGAGAGAGGUUUUGAAGGUCUUGGGUGAGAUGUCCAAGGCUUGUGAUGAUGCGCUAAAGGAUAUGCCGAAGACGUAUUGGGAGGAGGAGGAGGAUAGAUUGGGGGAGAGGGAGUGUGAGAGGGAUUAUGAGCUGGAGUUGAAGAUGCCGAAGACGUUGGAGAGAUAUCAUGCUUUGCUUGAUCCGGGAAGAGUGCGCAUGAGGAAGGGGGCGCUUGCUCCGAGGAAAGUGGUGGAUGGUAAUAAGACUGCUGAGAAGGAUUGGAGUUUGACGUGGGAUUCGGGACUGGAAAGUCAACCGAAUGGAAAAAAUGAGAAAUGGAGUAGGAAAAUGGAGAUGUUUGAGAUUGAAGCUACAUCUUUGGUUUCAACACUUCCAAUAACUCCAACGCCUUCAAGACACUCAGAUUCUCUAACACUCCAAACCCUUCCUAUACUUCAAAAACCUCCAACAACUCCAGUACCUGAAAUCUCUCCAGCAAAUUCAACACCACAAAUACUUUCAACGUCUCUCAUACCUCCCACACCUUCUUCAGAACUUGACACAGAUCACUCAUGGAGGUUUAAUUCUGGGUCAAAGAAAUCCAAAUUCAAUCAGGAAAAAGCUCCUCCCACCAACAUUAGCGAAACAAAAGAACUGUAUCCAGAUGAUUUGUAUUCGGACGACUCAUAUCCGGACGAUGUGAAAUGGACGUCACCUGGAAGCAACCCUAAGAGUAGGGAAAAUCCACGUAACAUGGUUACAGAUUAUAGGAAACUGAAGAUCGGCUCCUCACGGACCAAAUAUGAAGGAGCGCCCAUUCCAAAAAGCCUACCUAUGUCAAAUCUAGUCAUGCAGAUGAACUAUGCCUUAUGCCGGCUCACUGAUACACCCCUCCCGAUUCGUAUCUCGGACGCUCUUCAUCCUUUUCUUCUCUUCUACGAUGUGCAAAGUGCUUACGCUGUUUCAAUUGAGAAUCUUUCGGGUUCCUAUGGCAUUCUUUUAUACCAAUUAUUGUGGGGUGAUAAAAAACACGGUCGAGUCACAUUUACUCUACAUCCCGCUUAUUUCGGCAUCGAUCACCCCGAUUCGUUCAGUAGCUUUGUUGAUGCUCCCAACUUUGAUGUUGAGCGUACCUCCCCUCUAACCCUGGACAGAAAACCUGCAUUCAUUUUAUUGCUGCAAGUAGCCAAACAACCCCCAUCUCUGCGUGUGAUUAAAAAGUACUCUGAAGCAGUGCCGGAUUGGCACCGCAUAGAUCACUUAUUAUGUCUGGGCUAUAGGGAAUAUAUAUGGGCUAUAUAUUCUCCUGCUGAUGCGAACGUUUGCAUGAGUCAUGCUCUUCAAACUUGGAGUCAAGUGCACCACCACGAACCGCUGUUGUUCUCACAAGAAUGUUUCGAAAGUAUGAAGUUUUCCAUCAAUUUGGGAGAGGUAAAAAGAUCCGACAAAUAUCGAGGAAGUCUGGCAGGUCCUUCAUCCCUUCUCCGUGGUUCAAAAUAUCAAGCUAAAGAGAUCGAGAACCGUGCAUUAUCUGAUAUCAGUAAGAGAAGAGAAUAUUCAGAAGAGAACUUAAAGAAGGAGGUCCUUCUCCAUAAUUGCAGAGCUCGGAUCAUGUUUGAAGAAUUAUAUUCUAAUCGAACGAAAUCACUUUUCGAUGAUUAUGUUCAACUGAACAAAAUAUAUUCUGGGCUGCAGAAAUUACUUGGAAAAUAUAAAAUUUUACCAAAUGCUACUCGACGCAUGGUUUGGACAUGUAAAUGUGGACAUGCUUCCCACGACGAUUUUACUGAGCUCCCAGGUCGGGAAGGUGCAGUUGUAGAUUUUGCAAAUGAAUUGAUGCAAGCAGGCUACAUAACUCGAGCACAAAUAACAAAUCAACCAUUGGGGACGAAACUUUGGGUUAGUGGGAGGCUCCAAAAUGGCAUUAAUCUCAUCUCGAGAAAACUUUCGAACCUUCGGAAUACCCCUCUACCAACGUUUGUGAAAGCGGGUCUCCCGAAAAAUCCGGUCUGCCUUCCUGCCGAUGAAUGCCGUUGGCUUCACUUGUGCAUGAAGAAAAAACCAUACGCAACCCACCUCAAGCCACUUCAUGUGUGUAAGGACGAAAAUCAAGAUCCGUUGACCGAUAAAACUUUCUUCAAAGCUCUUAAACAUGCUUAUAAUAGAGAAAAGACGUGGAAGGAUUGGGCGAUUUUGAAAUUGAGGAGAAUCGAGUUUAUAGGUUUCGAAGCCUGUCCAGACGACUAUAUUGAUCAUAUCAAACCUAAUGAUCUUCCACCAACAACCAAUGAGUAUGAUUUUGCACCGCCACCGCCUCCAAAAAUGGUUCCUCCUAUAGGUCCAGAACACAUGUUGCAUCUUUUCCAAGACUGUCCUUCAAUUUCUGAUGUCAAUUCGAAUUUCUACCUCCAACGAAUUCCCCGCAGGAAGAUCGAACCGAUCGCAUUCAAUGCAAAUAGUUUAAGCGAAAAUCUAGGCUGGGGAUUACAUUUUGUCGAGGGAUUAAAUACGUCCUUGGCAAUUAGCGUUAUGUUUAUACUCUCCUCGGUCUUAGGAAUAGCAUUUGCUAUUUGUUGGACAAUACUGGAAAAAGACAUUCAAGGAGCAUUUGGAGUUGCCGCUUAUAUUACUAGUGUUAUGACCCUGGCGGUAAUGACUUGGCAAUUGUGGGCUUUAUGA